UAAUACUAACAGGUAAGGCUGAGCCAAGGACAACUUUCAUGAAAUUGGAUCACCAUGCAAGCUAGUAUAAGAUGGGUACUGUUUCUCACGCAGUCUUUGGUGUUUGUUAUAGCUUAUGGUACCAGCAAUGUACUCAAGCUAAUGUGAUAUGAUAAGCAAAUGGGAGGUGUUAGUCUCGACAAAGGGGUCAUGUGAGGUAAAUGUAUGGCCUUAUCUUUUUAAUUUGACAGCAGAUGUGAUCUCCCGGACAACAUUUGGUAGUAACUAUGAAGAAGGAAAAUUGAUAUUCCAACUCCUAAGAGAACAAAAUGAUUUUGCAAUACAACGUUUGCAGUCAAGUCACAUUCCCGGAUGGAGGUAAGUGUGAGUCAUAUGUACAUCACACACACACACAUAAGUGCAUUGCAUAACUGUCCAAUUUUGGUCGUAUUUAACCGUUCAGAAUUUACUCGUACAUAGGUUUCUACCAAAGAAGACAAAUGGGGAGAUUAAAAAAAUAUACAACGAACUGAGAGCCCUACUGCGCAAUAUCAUCAACAAAAGACAUGAAUGGAGAAGAUCGAGAUAGUGACUUAUUAGGCAUACUACUUACAUCAAAUUUGAUAGAUAUUGAUCAAGGAAAACUUGGAAACAAAAAUAGCAUCAAACUUACAACUGAAGAGGUGAUCGAGGAGUGCAAGUUGUUCUACCAAGCUGGGCAAGAAACCACUGCGGAUUUGCCUGUUUGGACAAUGGUCCUGUUGAGUAAGAAUCAAAAAUGGCAAACUCUAGCUAGAGAAGAGGUUUUAGCAGUGUUUGGCAACAACAGACCAGAUUUUGAUAAGUUAAAUCAGCUCAAAAUUGUAACCAUGAUUCUACACGAAGCUAUGAGGUUAUACCCACCAAUUCCCGCUCUUAGACGUUUCAUACAUAGAAAGACAAAGCUAGGAGGACUUGUUCUACCAGGUGGAGUGGAGAUUUUUGUGCCGAUUUUGGAAAUUCACCAUGAUCCUAAAAUAUGGGGAGAAGAUUCAAACGACUUCAAGCCGGAGAGAUUUUCUGAAGGAAUUUUAAAGGCGACGAAGGUUCAAGGCACAUUCUUUCCAUUCGGUGGCGGUCCCAGAACAUGCAUUGGACAAAACUUUGCACUAGCGGAAGCAAAAAUAGCUUUAGCAAUGAUUCUAAAACGCUUUUCUUUCCGGAUUUCUCCUUCCUACAUGCACGCCCCUAUGAUUAUGUUAACACUCCAACCCCAACACGGUGCUCGUUUGAUCUUGCAAAAGCUAUUCUAGGAUCUGAACAUUCACAACGGCAAAGGGUAAAGCUGAUGACACACUUGCCCCCUCCGGUUGUAAGCUGAAUCAAAAUUCUUGGCCCCUGUAGUUUGGGUAUGUUUGAUUAAUUAACCAAGUUAAGUUUCUCUUUUUUAUUUUACUAUAUACCUACAUUAUAUGAUGAAGCUCAAUUUCUAUUUGAAAUAUGGUCAUUGCCUUGCUGUUUAAUGCUUGUUUGAGGCAGCCUGAGGUUGCCAGCAUAAUGCUCCACUUCAAAACUAAGCGCUCGUUCUGCUUAGGAAAAUAAGUACUUAUUUCCACUUUACGAAUUAGAGAAUGUAAGUAUAUAUUACUGAUUUAUUGCCACAAGUGCAUAAAUCAUUCUUAGGUUUUCACUUGGCGAACCAGAGAAUGUUUUGUGCUUCUGGGUUGGGAAUCAAUCUUCCAAAUUAUGCGUAGACUUGUUUAAGAAGAUGGCUUGAGAAGGAAUCUCCCAUUUU